UCGUGGUAAAAAUGAUAAGAACUGUAGACAAGGAAAACGGACCGAUAUACGAUAAAAAUUCUGAGGACUUCUUGGAAUCGAAAUCUAGUAUAGUUCACGAUUAUCUUAGACCAAUUAUUUUGGGUGAGGACCCAGAUCGAAAAGAAUCUUUCUUGUCGGAAAAGGAAAAUAAAAUUUCUUUUAACACCUAUUCAAAAGAUUCGGAUGCUUUUACAGAAAGUUUUCCUGGUGGAAACAUCGAAGGAGGAGAAUUGGAAUCUGUUUAUGGAGUUGAUUAUUGGAGCCAACCAAAAAGUCAAAAGUGUUUCAUCACCAUUGUUCUACUCAUAUUCGAAUGUGGACUUAUAGGCAGUGUCUCUUUUUUGGUUUUAGGAAUUUGGAGCAAAAAAUAUCUACAUGCCUUACAUAGUAUUUUGGGAACAGCAUUAGUUAAUUAA